AUGAAUUUUAUAGAAACUAAAACUGAUUUUUAUUUUCAUGACAAUUAUAAUAAUAUCCCUCCUAAUAAAUGUUAUAAUGAUAAUAACAGAAAAACUGACGAAUAUGGUUAUUAUCCCGAUGUUUGUGUGCAAAAUAAAUUAAAAUCAGAAAAUUUAAAUACAAAUAAUCGUUUAAAUUAUAAUGAACAAAUGAAGGACCAAAAUAUAAUGUCUUACCCAGAUUAUGUAUAUGCCCACCAUAAUAUAAAACCUUUUUAUCCAAAUGUGCCCGAUCCUAAUAAGUAUAUACUACGGAAUGAUAAAUAUAGCGAUACAUUGAAUCCAGAAUAUCCAUUUUCGAUUAAUUAUAAGGAAACUAAUAAAAGCAGAAAUCAAUAUCCGUUUCAAUUUGACAAUAUUAAUAAUGGUAAUAUUAAAAGAAAUAGAAAUGAAUAUUGUAAAAAUAAUAAAAUUGAAACCCCAGAUAAAUGUUAUGAACUAGUGUGUGAAAAUAAAAAAAAUUAUUACUAUGAUUCAUUUGAUAAUAAUUGUAAUAUAUCAGAAAAUAGUAAAGAGAAUAAUACUAUAAUAAAUAUUACAACUACGAAUGGAAUAGAUGAAAUCAAUUACAAUAGAAGUGACUAUAGUGAAGAAAAUAAUAGUGAAUGUAGUGAAUCAUCUGCUUAUAAUUUGAAAAAAAAGAAAAAACCUAAAAAAUUGUUUAUGGGUAAAUAUUUUUUUUCAGAAAUAAAAGAUAGCUUUUCACCAUGUUGGAUUAGUAAUAAUAUGCUUAAUCAAGCUUCCACCGAUUCAAAUUAUUCGCAUUUAUGUAAAGGGGCCAUGAAACAAUUAAAGGGUGAUGGUCGAGGGAAGCCAGAAAUUAUAGUUCGAUUUUCAUGA